AUGAUUGUCGACACCCGUCGGAGUCCCAUCAACGAGAUAUUUUUUCUCAUCCAUUUAUUGUCCGGCAUAAUCACCCACAUCAUCACGGUGUCCGCAUGUAGCCUGGUGGCUCUAUUCGCGAUGCACGCUUGCGGUCAGCUGCAGGUGCUCAUGUCCUGGAUGAAUUACCUGGUCGAUGGUCGAGAGGAUAUCAAUGACACCGUGGAUGAGAGACUGGCGAAUAUCAUUCAACUGCACGUACGCAUCUUGAAUUUCAUUUCGCAAACCGAGGAAUUACUGCAUGAAAUAUCUCUGGUGGAGGUUGUGGGAUGUACAAUGAACAUAUGUUUCCUUGGAUAUUAUUGUAUGAUGGAAUGGGACUUUAAUCAACCUAUUAGUGGCCUCACAUAUUUGAUGUUACUUAUAUCGUUUACAUUCAACAUAUUUAUAUUUUGUUACAUAGGUGAAGUUCUAGCGGAACAGACCAUGAAAGUACGCGAGAGCUCGUACAUGAUCGAUUGGUAUCGACUGCCGGCAAAAAAGAGCCUUGCUAUCAUUUUAAUCAUUUGUAUGUCCAACGCUUCUACCAGACUCACCGCUGGAAAUAUAAUCGAUUUGUCCAUUAGCAGCUUCGGAGACGUCAUUAAAUCAGCUAUUGCUUAUUUGAAUAUGCUACGAACAUUUACGAUUUAUUUACCACGUAGCGGUAACUGUAAAGAAAGUCACGGCGCAGCCGCGACGUUUGGCUUUCUGCUCGGUAGCUUUCGCACAAGCCCCUCAGUAGCUGGCGAGCUUUCGCGCGCUUCGAGGAUGCGGGGAAGCUCUAUGUCCCGUCGAUCGAGUGCUGACCACGAUUACAAGAAGGACGUGCAGCUGAGCAUUCAGCUGAAUCGUUGGAUACUGAAGCCGCUCGGCGUCUGGCCGCGAUCAGCUGGACUCUCGUGGAUAGAAAGAUUCAUCCACAUGCUGGUGAACGUAAUCUGCACCGGUCUGAUAGGUUUCCUCUUCGUUCCGUGCGUCAUAUUCGGAGCGCUCGAAGUCGAAGACACUUACAACAAAUUGAAGCUUUCCGGGCCGUUGAGUUUCGGCGUGAUGGCCAUCGUCAAGUACUCCUCGCUGAUUUAUCGCGAGGCGGAUAUUCGCAGGGGCAUCGAGUAUAUCGAGAACGACUGGAUGAACACGCAGCAUUACGGUGACCGGAGCGUCAUGAUCAGGAACGCGAAGUUCGGCCGUCGCCUGGUAAUGAUCUGCGCGUUCUUCAUGUACGGCGGCGCCGCGUUCUAUUAUCUCGCCAUGCCGUUCAGCAGCGGCAAGAUCACCGAGCCCGACGGGAAUUUAACGUAUCGGCCGCUCGUCUGGCCGGUCGCCAGAGCGAUCGUCGACGUGCGACACAGCCCCGUCAGUCACAUCUUCUUCUGGUUGCAAUGCGUGUCGGGCUUCGUCGCGCAUUCCAUCACGACCGGCGCUUGCAGCCUGGCGGCGGUGUUCGCGAUGCACGCUUACGGCCGUAUGGAGCUUCUGAUGCGAUGGAUCGAACACUUGGUGGACGGCCGCGAGGAUUUCUGCGGUAACGUGGACGACAGACUGGCGAUGAUCGUGCAGCAGCACGUUCGGAUCUUACGUUUCAUAUCGCUAACGGACAGGAUGUUGCGCGAAAUAUCUGUCGUGGAAAUUGUAGGAUGUACGUUAAACAUGUGUUUUCUCGGAUAUUAUACUAUCACAUUGGAAUGGGGAAGUGUAGAGAUCGCCGCAUACGUAACGUAUAUUACUCUGCUCCUAUCCUUCACGUUCAAUAUCUUCAUAUUUUGUUACAUCGGCGAGCUUAUUAUCGAACAGUGCAAAAAAAUCGGCGAAGUGUCAUACAUGAUCGAUUGGUAUCGACUACCAGGAAGAAAGGGUCUUGUCCUCGUAUUGAUGAUAGCUAUGUCGAAUUCAUCCACCAAACUCACCGCCGGAAAUUUCUUCGAGUUGUCCCUCAGUACUUUCGGUGACGUGGUUAGGACAUCUGUGGCCUACUUGAACAUGUUACGCACAUUAACUUCAUAA